AUGGGCUCUCAAUAUUCACCUUCGAGUUUCGACGAAGCUUACUCAGACAAAAGCAGUUCGAAUCAAAACAACAACCCAUCUUCAACCGAUACGCUGAUUCAAACUUUGCAAUCUGUCGAGUCUUUGGAAAGUCAACAGCUGUUUGAAACAGCUCCGUAUAGCAACCCUCAAAACCAGUUACUCUUUCCGGCCCGACCACAAAACCUACUUUACGCAAACUGCCUCGACUUCGAUCUCUUCCGGACCCACGGUGAAGAGUUACCUCGAUCCAGUCUCGCAACUGAAUCCUAUCUGGUCUCCGCUCCUCCAUUGACGGAAACUGAUAAGUCAAGAAUCAUGAGUGCACUCGCCUUACAGUACGACAACAAUUUCGCUAUGGGUUCGCGAUCAUCCUUUACAUGGCCAGUCUUGGACUCCGGAUCCGGUCUCAUGAGCCCCGAAUUCGGCUCAUACGGGUCAGAUAGUAGCUUCGCAGGAUCAAGAUCCGGAACGGCGAGCCCACCCAGGACAUCACUAAGUGCGGAGCAGCGCGAACUCAAGAGGCAACGAGACCAAGCCCGGCGUGACUCGAAAAUGCACAUCAGGGGUCGCAGGGCGGGAAGCAGCUCCUCAUCUGGCGUCUAUUCACCACCUCCUUCGUUGGCAGUCAUGUCGUCAGGCGCUCCUGGCAUGCCUAUCUACACAAGCGCUGGCCCUGUCUCGCUACUGGCUGAAACUCACACCACCCGUUACCAUGCGCAAUUCUCGCCACCUCUUUCAGACCAUCACAACACUCAGUCCAACAUGUACCAUAACUCAUAUCCCACACCCACAUACAUCAACGAUUAUGGCUAUCCUGCACCGGCCACUCCAAGCUUGCCCUCUUACUACGGUCGCCAAAUGUCUGACUCAAAUAUCAUGUACCCUGUUUCACCUCCAGCAAUGGGAGGUAGCCCUCAGGAUACCGCCGGGCAGAUUGACCAGGGACAGCUCCUUAAAACGGACAUCACUAGCGAGGCGAGUGCUGGUGAGCAGAUGAGGGCGGAGGAAAGACGAGGGAGUAUGUCCCAUGGUAUGGUAUGGAGGUACAUACAUACGACUAACCUUGGACGUAUCGGCUCACAUAGCGGCCGGCGGCAGCAGGUGCACACGCACAUCACAGGCAGCGGGACACGGCAGGCGGGCGGGAGACCAGCAUAA